GUCCGCGGUCUUGUUGAUCAGUAUAAGUAUGUUUAUGUGAUCAGCUUUGACAAUCCACGGAAUACGCGUCUCUCAGAACUUCGACAAGAACUCAAUGAUAGUGUUCUGCUCUUCGGUAAAAACAAACUGGUAAUGGUGGCCUUUGGCGUUGACAAGACGACACAAUUGAAACCUGGGCUCCGCCAACUAAGCAAGCAUGUUAAAGGCCAAUGCGCCCUCCUCUUUUCCAACAAAGAAGUCGAGGAACUGCGAGACUUGUUUAAUCAGUUUCGUAGUCAAGACUACGCGAGACCGGGAAGUCAUGCGACUCAGACAGUUAUAUUGUCAGCUGGCAUUUUACCAAAAUUUUCGCACACAAUGGAACCUGGCCUGCGCCAGCUGGGACUGCCCGUUAAACUCGUGCGCGGAAUAAUCAACCUCGAGACCGACUAUCCCGUAUGCGAACUUGGACAAGCUCUCACACCAGAACAGUGUCGCAUUCUGAAAUACUUCGAGGUCCAAACAUCAGAAUUCCGUGUUAACAUAUUGGCCCGUUGGGACUCACAAAGCGAAAAAGUGACAGAACUUCAAACUAAGGAUGCAGCCAAUGUUAUAACAUCGCUGUUUCCUAAGAUUUCUGUAAGUUGCCAGAAGUUGGAUGAUGGAGCCUUCUAUUUUGUACCCCACCCUAUUGAAGACGAAAAUCUUUCGUAA